GCCCGCAGGUACGAUACACGGACGACAAUUUUUUCUCCUGAAGGGCGUUUGUAUCAAGUAGAAUAUGCCAUGGAAGCCAUUGGACAUGCCGGAACCUCACUGGGUAUUUUGGCUUCGGAUGGCAUCGUGCUUGCUGCGGAAAGACGCAAUACGAACAAGCUUCUGGAUGAAGUUUUUAUCUCCGAGAAGAUAUAUCGUCUCAAUAAGGACAUGGCAUGUAGUGUUGCCGGUAUCACAUCGGACGCCAAUGUUCUCAUAAAUGAGCUUCGUAUGAUUGCACAGCGUCAUCUUUUAUCGUAUGGUGAAUCAAUUCCCUGUGAGCAGUUGGUCACUUGGUUGUGCGAUAUCAAGCAAGCGUAUACCCAGUUCGGAGGGAAACGUCCGUUUGGUGUCUCAAUUCUGUACAUGGGCUGGGAUCAACAUUAUGGUUUCCAAUUGUAUCAGUCAGAUCCCAGCGGAAAUUAUGGUGGUUGGAAAGCUACUUGCAUUGGAAAUAAUGCACCGGCGGCAAUUUCUAUGCUGAAGCAAGACUACCAAGAUGGAAAAACCACGAUGAAAGACGCUCUCGCUUUAGCCAUGAAAGUUCUGUCCAAAACUUUGGAUUUGACGAAGCUCACACCGGAGAAAAUUGAGCUUGCCGUUUUAACCCGCGAGAAGGAUGAAACAAGUAUCCGAAUCCUUGGUUCCAAAGAAGUUGAAGAACUGAUCAAGCAGCAUGAAAAAGCCGAAGCCGAUGCCGAACGAGAGAAAAAGGAAGAGAAAGAAAAGCAAAAGUGA